UAAGACCUUGUGGUUGCAAAAUAAAACCACAAAAAUUCUGCUUUGAAAACAAGAUACAAAUCAGCAUGCCACUGGGACAGGGGGCUUUGUUGAUGGGUUUCACUUCACGGAUCUCCUGCCUUGCACAAAGCGGCAUUUGCAGAGCAAUUGCAAAGAAGAACAGAGCUGGAGAAGUCAGCUACAGGUCAGCAAUGCAUGGACUUGGGAAACAAAAUUGCAUAGGAAUGGGUGCUGUAAAACAGCCCAUGUCUUGUGUGCUCUGUAAGAACACAGCAUGUUUUGACAUCCACACUUACCACUUAUGCAAGAGCAAGUGAAGGUGGCAGAAUCUUUCUCAAGAAAUGCAGCCUGGGGCCAGAGUCCACAUCAUGGGAGUUGUCCCCAUUUUGUGCAGGUCUGGAUGUGAUGAGAGUGCCCCAAAUGGCUGAGAGACAGCAGACUGCGAUGGCUGAUCUGAUUUCAAGAAGGAGCAUUUGUGAUCUGAAUCUCAACUGAAGACACAGCAGCAAAAUCCAUUAAAAACAACACUAUAACAACAAACAGCCUGAGUUCUGGAUCUGUACUGGAGUUCAUUGGAAAUCAUUCUGUUCUGAACGCUGGAUCUUCACAGAAGAGGGUCCUGAUGACAUCACAUCCUCUCCUAUCAGUUACGCCGCCUAAAAAGUUAAGAGACAAAGAUCACCCGCGCUGCGCUGCACCGCCCCAAGGACGAUGGCCGCGUCUCCUGCACUGCUCCUCCUGCUCAGCCUCACGCUCUGUGAGUAUGGAAGCGGGCUCAUGGGGCACCUUGGCCACGAGGAAGGAGGACAAUGGGGGAAGGCAUUCCCCUUGCACCACGGCCAAGACACUGGGCAAAACGGACCCAGGGGAAAUCAAGGGCAAACCCAAAGGACGCAGUUCAGGGCUGCUCAGUGACUGCGCAGGAAAGCGGAAGCGGUGGCACUGCAGCGCGAUACGCAGCAGGAACAGAGCCUGUUCAGACAGGCUGCACUGGGGCCAAGGGAGAGAGGAACUCCAUGGUGGCCAGGUUCCUCAACAGGAAUAUGAAGCACCCCAAGGAGGGACAGCGGCUGGAGAUGGAGUGCCUGCAUUAUGACAGGGACAGUGGUGUCUCCUGGGUCCGACAGGACAAGGAUGGGAUCGUUCACUUCAUCGUUUACACUUCCACGUUAUCCCGGACCACCUUCCCGGGGAAUGAGAGAACAUCUUCGAGAUUUGAAGGGUCAAAACAAGGCAACUCCUAUCGGCUGGUGGUGAAGUCCUUCACUGAGCAGGACCAGGGGACCUAUUUCUGCAUCACCAACAUCAACCAGGUGCUGCACUUCAGCUCUGGACAACACAUCUACUUCACAGGCUCCCUGACCACCAGCUCUGCUCGCGCUACCGGCCCUGCCCAAACACAGAGGUGGUCGCGCAGCCCAGCGGCACCUCCCCAUCCCAUCAGUGCCUCUAAGGGACGAGAGUAACAAUGUCCGCAGCCACCCUCUCCUUCCUCAACUCAUGUUCAUCCGGAAUGUCCUGACUAAUGCAUACAACACCUCAAAAAGAAACUCCCAGGUGAGGUGCAAGUUGGACUGAAGAAAGAAAAGAUCCCCAGGUCCCUCAAAACAUUGUUCCUAAUAAGGAAGAUCUCUGAUUGUGCUGCUAAGGAAUUAGAAACCCUGAGCCUUCUAUUGGCAUGGUUGGGCAGUGUUUCACCGUAUCACCUUUCAAAAUGGGCCCUACAGAGAUACUCCUGCGCUGGCUGAUUCCUCGGAGGGGUGGCAGCGGUUUUAUUCUAUUUUGCUGCAUUCAUCCAUUUCUCAU